AUGCAAGGCCCAUGGUGCUGCAAGCAGAAGUGCGAUAAUCAAGGACAAGCGAAAGGCGUCCAAGCCAGCAGACGGCCUGCAGCCAACACCGCCAAGGCCAGAAAAAGCAGAAGCUUCAUCUGCUCGAGCUCGAACCGGCCCCUGAGCGAUUACUCGGACGUCAUUCGCAGAGCCGCAAUCUUCACUCAAAAGUGGGUCAAUCGGCCAGCACAUGUCCGGCGGAGAGAGACAGAGCUGCGAGGCGGCUACGUUGCGAGACCUCUCAACUCGUUUAUGCUAUACCGUUUAGCAUAUAUCGAAGAGGCACUGUACACGCAGCCCAAACAGCAGAAGCUCUCGGCGAUUAUAGCAGACAGCUGGCGCAAAGAGCCUGAGGUCGUGCGCCAGGCGUACGACGCCUAUGCAAAAACUGAGCGCCGCAACCACCACGAAGCGUAUCCCGGAUACAAGUUUUCCCCAAAGAAGAAGAAGUUGGUCAAAGAAGAAGAUGCCAGCCCGGAAGAGGAGCUGAUGCCGAUUUUCUGGGACGAAUGUAACUGUGAUAGCUGCCGGCUCGCCGUGGCCACGAGCAAGAAGCAAAUUCGGGACACGGUCUUGGACCCUAUCAACGCGGGCGCUUCUGUGCCGCUGCCAGCGCCUGUUAACAUGACAGCAUGGCAACCCAUGUUUCUGCCAAUCCAGCCGACCCUAUGGCAAGACCAGUACAGCAACCAGGUAGCAGGAAGCAACCUUCCCUGGCCGAGUGUGAUGACGCCAUCCUUGUUUCUGGGACCAUACAGCGCAAUGUGGGAGCCGACCAUGCCAACUACAAACGGCUCCCCUAUUGCGGAUUCGUCGUGGAGCGGGCCGGGAAUGCUGGCCGGCGUCAACUACGCGAUGCGCGCCCAUGAUCCGAGCUAUUUUGACGAGGUCGAGAAGGCGGAGGCUCAGAGAGUCUUUCGUGCGCAUUAUUUCGAGCAUAGAUACGCCUGCAAGGACCCGUUGUACGUUCUAUUCACGGUCGCAGCAGCAGGCUCUGUUGCGAUCUGUUCGACUGAGCAUCUCUACGAUAGUGGGCAGGAAGCUAUUUGGGCGCUUUAG